UCUCUCUCUCUCUGUCAAGGCCCUGCGAGGCGAGAAGAGGAGGCCAAUGUUCUCCUGGUUGGCAGCGCAGAUCCACGGCAUAUUUUGAAGACCAUUAGUGGUUUGAGGAUUGAAGAAAGCCUCCAUGUGUGGGUGAUAGAAAGCAGCAUGGAGGUGGUGGCUCGCCAGCUGCUGCUCCUCUACCUGGCACUGAUGCCCCAGGAAAGCAUGGGACUGAACGAGAAGACAGAGGUCUACCUGGAGGUGUUUGGGAACGGUGAGAUCCGCGCUCAAACAGAGGAAAUACUGAGACACGCAGCAUCAGAGCUUUCUCUGUGUGUUACUGAAACAAUGGAGACGGCCGCGCACCCCUGUCUGAACACAACUCUCCUCAAGUUCAAGGAGCGAGAUGAGCUGGCCAGGAUAUUCAAAUCGUGGAUCCCGCCUCAGUCUUCAUCCUCAUCAUCCGAGCGUUCUGUUCCAAUCGUCAUGUCCAAAGCUUGGGAUUAUCGGGUCAGGCAACACCUUGGAACGAGAUACGACUCCAAGAAAGGCUGCUUCGACUGGGACCUUACAAUGAAGCUGCAAGACAAAGGGUGUGGUGUCAUCAAUAAACAACAAUAUGUGAAAUGGAGGGAGCGGGGUUUGGCAUUCGAAAUGAGGGAAGGUGUCUACCAAAUAACCAAUCCAACUUUACUGUCAUCAAGAGUGUUCCGGCAGAGAGGGAACAAAGUGGCUGUGAGGGGUUACUGGGGAGACAUAGUAUCCAGUCCCUACCUCGCCUUUGGCAUCGAAACCGAUGACAAGAGUCUCCUGAAGAGACAAAAUGAGAAACAUAUCAAGACAGCCCAGGAUAUCUCCUUUGCAAAUGUGCAGGCAUUGUUCCAGUCGCUGUCCAGUAGAAGGGGCUGCCCCACUCCUUCCCAGUCAGACACAGAGGGACAGGAGCCAUCCACACAUAUAGCGGAAAAAUCUGUCCCCAUUAAAGACUUGAUGCGUCUGAGCGGCCUCUCUGUGACCUUCCUGCCUCUGGACUCACUUCCCAAACUACCAGAGAAGGAGAAAUAUUCCCACUUCUUCAAAACCAUUUACCUCUCCACUACCUGUGUGCACCAGUUGGGCCCGACGAUGACACAGAUCGCAGCACCAGACGCUGUGGUUGUCAUGGAGCUGGCCAAGUACGUUUUGGAUCUGAACAAAGACCAGGAAGCAGGAUUUGCAAAGAAAGUGGCGAGCAUCGCUCUGGAGGCCGGAUUUGAACCGUGGUGUGACAGGAAGAGUGACGACGUCCAUGCUGUGUUCACACCAGAGACAAAAUAAAAGUGGUGCACAUCAGCACAUCUGUUUACUCUUGUUCCCCCUUUCUUUACAUUCACAAGAUGCAACAAACAGACAAGAAUAAUAAUCAUAUUUCAUUUCCUAUGCGAUCGACACGUCCAUUUUAUUGAUCUAUGCAUUUAAAUAUUACAGACACAAUUGCAAGCUUAUGUAUUUGAAUAAAUGUUACACAAAAAUUGAUAGAAUCUGUUUUGAGCUUUACUGACGAACACUGCAACCUCAUCCUCAAGCUAGUGAAGCGUCUUCUUGUCUCUAUGUGUGUAAAUUCACUUCCAGCGUCCUCCAACCUUCCCCUUACCGUGGACCUUUUUGCUGCAUGGGUACAAGAAAAAGGUUUAAGUUCCAUUAUCAACGGAUAAGAUGUGUGACUGAAAAGGCAAAGAAAGAGAAGUAA